GGGUUCGUGUCUAUGUAUAUAAAUUAAGGUGAAAAGAGGGUGAAGGUAGAGAAAGUCAAGAAGAAGAAGAGCAGAGAAGAAGAGAAAUGGCAGCAAACGCUCCAACCAUUCCUCUCCUCACUCCAUACAAGAUGGGAAAGUUCGAGCUCUCCCACAGGGUAGUGCUAGCACCUUUAACGAGGAACAGAUCGUACGGCAACACUCCUCAGCCGCAUGCCGCUCUUUACUACUCUCAGCGGACGACUCCCGGCGGCCUUCUCAUCACCGAGGCCACUGGAGUUUCCGACACUGCCCAAGGGUAUCCCGAAACUCCGGGGAUUUGGACGAAGGAGCAAGUCGAAGCUUGGAAGCCGAUCGUGAAUGCUGUCCACGAGAAAGGCGGUAUUUUCUUCUGUCAAAUUUGGCAUGUCGGCCGUGUCUCGACCACUGGAUAUCAGCCUAAUGGGGAGGCGCCAAUAUCUUGCACGGACAAGGGAGUGACGCCAGGGCUUGACGGAGUGGACUGGUCACCUCCUCGUCGCCUCCGAACCGAUGAAAUUCCUCUCAUCAUAAACGACUUCAGGCUUGCCGCACGGAAUGCCGUCGAAGCUGGGUUUGACGGGGUAGAGGUCCACGGGGCCAAUGGCUACCUGAUCGACCAGUUCAUGAAGGACACCGUGAAUGACCGGACCGACCGGUAUGGUGGAAGCUUGGAGAACCGGUGCAGGUUUGCCGUGGAGGUGGUGGAAUCCGUGGUUAAAGAGAUUGGACCAGACCGGGUCGGAAUGAGGCUCUCGCCCUUUGCCAACUACAUGGAAACUGCGGACACAAAUCCGGAAGCCCUUGGACUUUACAUGGCCAAUGCACUCAACAAGUACGGCAUCCUCUACCUACACGCGAUAGAGCCGAGGAUGGCUAAGAUCGGGGACAGGUACGAGACCCCUCACAGCCUCCUUCCGAUGAGGAAGGCCUUCAGGGGUACUUUCAUAGCCGCUGGCGGGUACAGGAGGGACGAGGGGAACAAGGCGAUCGCCGAGAAUUAUGCGGACCUCGUCGCCUUCGGGCGACUGUUCCUGGCGAAUCCGGAUCUUCCGAGACGGUUCAAGCUCGAUGCUCCACUCAACAAGUACAACCGGGACACCUUCUAUAUCCCCGACCCCGUCGUGGGCUACACCGAUUACCCAUUCCUCGAAGAUUCCGAGCUUCGAUCUGCUCCUUCAUCCACAUCCUAGAAAUUUCCUUUUGCUGCAGGCCACCAUAUUUAGAUAAAAUUAAAUAAUAUUUGGCUUCGUCUCCGGAAGACCAAACUCAAUAAUUUCAUGCCGGUGGCACUAAAAUAUUUCUGUUGACUGAUUAAAAGGAAAAGACAUAAUUGAAUUGAG